ACAUGUGCUAAAUGCAAAACUAAUAGAGCUAAAAAGAAAAAAUUCAAAAAAUUAGCUGAUAUUGAUAGUAAAGAAGCCUUUAUUAAAAUAAUUGCAAUUAAUGAAAUUAAUAAUUAUAUUUCUGAUAUUAUUAAUAGAUUGGAACAUAAUACUGCUCUAUUUUCUACUUUUUAUAUUAAACUUGAUGAAGUAACUCUUAAUACUAUUGGCAUCGAUGUUAGAGUAAUGGCCAAAUUAAUUAUUAAUGAAAUUGAAGAAAGAGAUGAUUUCAAAUAG